AUGAUUGCCCCAGUACCCGUUGCGGACACGGUCUCGGCCCUAUUCCCGCAGAGUCCCACCAAGAAUGGUAUUUUCCAUUCCGAUGAGACCAUUGCUACAGAUCACAUUCCGAUUGAAGUCUCCACUGACCGCAUGGCAACCCCUUCCGAAUCUGACAGUGCCGAUCACAAUCUGAUUACCGCAAACGGCAAUGACUCGACACAACACUUGCAAAACGCUCUCAACGGCCAAACUCCAGUUGAUUCUCCCAAAGACGAUCACAAAAUGGCAGUUGAUAUUCUGAAGAUUAUUGAGAGUUACGGCGUUGAUUAUGAGAAGAAUGGCGGCUCCUGGAAGGGGUUGGACUCGUUCGUCCCUAUAGUAGUCGAACAAGUUCGACGUCAGGAACCGAUUCGUAUGAUUCUUCCAGCUUUUCCGUUCAAAUCACCAAACUCGCGAGACAAAGUCCUGGGUACGAUGCCCGAUUUUGGAGAAGAAUUGGCGCUUUCCCAUCUGAACGGACUAUGCGAGAACAUCGCUCAAGUUUACGAGCCCGGGGCCAAUGUAUACAUCAGCUCAGACGGCCUUGUAUACAAUGAUAUUCUUGGAGUUCCAGACGAAACUGUCUGGGAUUAUGGCGAGACGCUGCGGAAGAUGGCCGUGGAGAAAGGCCUCCGUCAUGUGAAGUUCAUCCGAUUGUUUGAGCUCCUUGAGCAUCCUUGGUUCCAGAGCAAUAGCUCAGAAGCUGCAAAGGCUUUUUAUCUAGCGCAUGCUAGCUGUCUGCGACGCGAGCUGAUGUUCGUCUUCGGAGACCCAACCUUUAACGCCGACGAGGCUAUCAAGACUGACAAUGAUACUUGUCUAACAUACCGAGGGUACAUCAAGUUUCUCACCAAGGAUCUUGCACAUCAAGAAGAAACUCAGGCCCUUUCUAAACGUGCGAGACAGACUCAGAUCUCUCAGAUCGCGCGGCAGAUGAUUAUUCGCGGGAAGAUGUUUGCUGCCGCCAUCAAGGCAAAUCGAGGUAACUAUGUUCGAUUAUCUAUUCACGAGUCUGCUGGUGAGAAGAAACUUUCAGUUUCUCUCAUUCCUCAGAUUCGUGGAGCGCUUGGGUUUACGCCUUGGCAUGCUUCUGUGGCCAUCGGGUUGGACGGCUCAUACCGCACGGUUCAUGCCGAGGACGUGCGGGAGACGCACGACUUGAUUUAUAAGAAUGGACAGCCAUACUUCUUCCGGGAAAAGUCUGAGGUUUUCGACUGGUCCAAGGACGGCCUAUCCGUGAAAUUUGAGCACUUAUAUCCAUGUGGAGUUAUUAUUCGCCCUGCCGAUAUCGACAAUCUGAACCCGCGACCGUCGAUCAGCGCAAUCCCCAUGCACAAAGUCAGGAAGAUCUCAAACACUAUGUCACCCGUUAUUCUACGUGGAUUUACAGAGACACUCAACGAAGACUUAUAUAUUAAAGCUGGAUCUGAGCUGGGCACUAUCCUCCCGUGGAGCUUUGGUGUCAUUCAGAAAGUUCGCGAUGCCGGUCGUUCGGAUAAGAUGGGGAACAACGUCACCUCGAACGAAGCCAUGCCAAUGCAUUUCGAUGGCAUGUUUAAGUUCGAAGAGAUUACAGAUCCAGCGACGGGGGAAACAAAGAAGGUCCAACGCCCACCAUGUUACCAGUUCUUCACCUGUCCGGCGACCGCUCCGAAGGGGAGCGGGUAUACCCUGUUUGCCAGCUCACGGCUGUUUUUCAGAUAUUUGCCACAGCCCUGGAAUGCAGAGCGCCUGCAGAACGUCACUUGGGCCAUGGAUAAUGAUGGCUUCUGGGAUGCGAAAAUGAAGAAUCUCCCGCUGCUCGUGAAACAUCCUGUCUCGGGACUGCCUUGCCUGAGAUGGCAUCAGCCGUGGGACUCCACGAAGACCAAGUUCUCCACUUGUGAUGUGAAGGUGGAAAAUGAAGAUCCGAGCCUAGUUCAAAUUAUUGAUCACGGUACAUAUGAUCAAAGAGUGUGCCUUCGCUUCGAGUGGGAGAAAGGUGAUCUUCUCAUCAGUGAUAACACGGCCAUGCUUCACACUCGUACGGGGUAUAUAAGUGACUGUGAUCGUGAGUUGUGGCGCAUUCAUUUUGAUUAA